UGUUUGAACUCGAUUAAAACAGCUGUUGUGAUUUUAUCUCGAUAUGUAUGGAAUAUGAAUAAAUGAAGAAAACUAUUUAAGCGAAAUUUAAAGGAUUUAAUUUUGUGUACUUAGAACAAUAUAUAAUUAUUAUAUUAUAAGAGCAGCAUUCUUGUGGUGUUUCUGUUGUGCUGAAAUUGUCAUAUACGUCAACAAGUACGUCACGUUGUUUUAUUAAUGUUGUGUAAGUGAAAUAAACUGAAUGCACGCUACCAUUCGAAUUUUAAAAUGAGAUACAUAUUUUAUUGAGUUUUACGAGUGGCUUAAUCUGACAGAUGUGUACAUCAGCGUUUACUUUAUCAGUAGCACUCAUAAGACUCUUACGAAGCAAAAAUGACGUUCUAACAUAACCUAACCAGCAGCAAGGAUGAAAUAUCUAGCCCUUCACAAUGACGUGGAAACUUGUAUUGCCAUUUAUUACAAGGGCAAAACGACUAGUUUCUACUCACCAUAUAUCUUCUUUGCCGCGACUUCAUCACUCAAGUCUCGUCACCCAUGUUGCAUGUAUCCGUCAUCGCCACAGCUCAUGUUGCAACCUGGAUUCAAAGUUUGCACUGGUGAACAAUCAAACUAUGACAAUGCAUUUUACAUAUAUCUGGGCACGUGGAUAUGUUAAAGGGAAGGACAGAGGGAAAGAUAAGAAGUCUGACAAAGGAAAGAAGAAAGUUGCAGUAAAUGAUGAACAACUUGCAGAGUUAAUAGAAAUUAAUACAAUGAGAAAACAGAUGCAGCAAGCAGUUGAUCGGCUGAAAGAAGAAUAUGUGAAAAAUUUGUCUCUUAGGUCAACAACAGGGUCAAUCGAGACACUUCCAGUGAGUUUUGAAGGCAAGGAGUAUCAAUUGCAAGAAUUGGCGCAGAUAGUACGUAAAAAUCCCAAAACAAUCAUCAUAAAUAUGGCUGCAUUUCCUCAAGUUAUUCCAGCUGCCCUUCAGUCUAUUGAGAAGAGCGGCAUGAAUUUAAAUCCUCAGCAAGAUGGUACUGCACUGUUCAUACCAAUUCCAAAGGUUACUAAAGAACACAGAGAGAAUCUAGCAAAAAAUGCUAAAGCACUCUUUAUAAAAUGUAGAGAUUCUAUAAAGGAAAUACAGAACAAAAAUGUGAAGACUGUGAAAAACAAUUCCACCGUCUCACAGGAUUUAGCGUUCAGUGCUCAGGAACAGAUUAUCGAGAUCGGUAACCAAUAUAUAUCUCAAGGAGAGAUGAUAUUUGAUGCCAAGCAAGCUGAAUUAAUUGGAAAAGACUAACAAAAUAUGGAUAUGAAAACUUCUGCGAAGAUCAUGUCACUAUGUCAUAAAUUAGAAUACUGAAUUUUGUAUGAUUUAUUAGAAAUAGUAAUUAAAGCACAUUGUGUGUUUGUAAGAUGGUAUAAUUGUGCUAACUGGCUGUAGUCAGACAACUGGCAUAUGAAUUAAUAGUUGGAUUUUUA